UUGCUAGUUCAGUCGUGCUACUAACUAGUGGCCUGGCUGGCCGGACCAUCUCAGCAGUGGAUAAUAAAUUUCACGAGAACACCGAUCUGCUGAAGAAAGAUGUCGUCGUGGUUAACCUCCCUGGAUAAUAAGAGGAUUUUGGCGUAGAUGGCGACUCAUCCAAGCUGGCCGAUCUGGGAUGUCUAUUUGAAGGGCAUUGCUCUAAACCUCAAUCUUGGAGAACACUUUUUAAGGGACGCUUAAUCAUUUGCUUUUAAAUAAACCUAAAUUCCAACUGCACAAUUUAUUUCUGCGGAACUAUUGGGCUUUGGUGGCGCUAUUGCCUGGUACAGUCAUGGGACUACCGGAUGGCCAAGAAGUGUAUCACCCACACCGGCUCCUGUCGCAGAGCAGCGACGAUUCCAUGUUGCUCUCAUGCGGCGGCAGUCCUGGAAGAAGCCUAGAGUUGGAGAGCAUCGCUACGGGCAGCAGCAGCAGCAACAGCUGCAGUAGCAGCAGCAGGUCAUCGCAACGUAAUGACACAACAUCAUCAUCGAAUCAAAGACAAAAUAGAUCGAGUGCUGGACAGUCACAGUGCAAUAGAUGCACGAUGCACGACAAACCUAAAGAAAUAUCUGUAGAGGAUUUGAGAAAUCAUGCUGUGAGAUGCCCCGACAACAUCAAAUGGAAGGCAGGGGCUAAAAAAGUCACAAUCACUCGCAUUGGAGGGAAAAUGGGGUUCAAGUACGCAGAUGUUAGGGGAAAGACGAACGCUAACCCAUGGUAUACAAUGGUGAUUAGAGUGGAUGAUGAAAGACCUUCCGAAGGACGAAUCAGCAUCGGCGAUUGCAUCUUAUCAGCAAAUGGGCAGCCAAUACAGAUUUCACAGAAAAUUGAUCUAAAGUCGAUCAUUGAUGCAAAUAAAUCUGACCCAGUGACGCUGAUGAUACAGAGUCCUGAAAGUCAGCGCUCUCGCAUUAGACACAAAUCAUCGUGCGCAAAUCGCACACCUCAUUCCGAGAGUCAAGCAAAAGACAAGAGACUUGAGGCUCACACAAACCUCAAUACCCUCAUGCCCAGAUUGCCUGAGAUGAGGGUACUGAUAUCAGGUAGUGAGGCUGAACAUAUAGCAACGUCCCUCCUGCAAGGAGCAACUCAACUGCGACCCUCAACGACUGAAGUCGGUGUCUUGUAUCAAGCAUUUGUGAGCAAGAAGAACUCUCUGUUUUCAAUGUAUACAAAGAGUGUUGAACAAAAGGAAAGGAUAAAUAAUAAGCCCGUGGAUGAGGUGGAAUUGGAGGUCAUAGCUCUUAAGGACACGCCUUUCCCAGCCUAUUGCCAUCAUGUCCUUGCUACUGCCCAUUCCAUCUUUAUUGUUCAGUUCAGCGGCCGAGCAUUCAUCAACAACAGACACGCGGUCCUGACGUCCAUCCAGCAAAGACUAAAUAAGAUCCGUACCUACGCAACCAAUAGAGUCCCAAUAUAUCUUGUAAUGACGUCCGAAGGCACCGUUCUGCCGGCCGAGCAACUCGCUGAGAUCAGCCAGAGUUUAGACCUCCAGUUCUACCAAGGUUACAAGAACCAACUUCAGUACAAUGCUGCCACUGACUAUCCGUUGUUCACGGCCACAGUAAAGGGAGGAGGAGACCUGAAGAAUCUCCCGUCCCCGUUUGGAAACCUCGGCCGCCAGAUCAGCAGAGAGGAUAACAGCGAUACAGGGCAGUCCCACGUCUUAUACUCCAGGAAUAACACCAGUCUUGAUGUCUGCUACUACGCCAAGAGUACAGAACUUAUCAACUCCCAAGGCUCCAUGUACCACGUAAGGGAGCUACGGGAGCAUCUCUCAAAAUCGGCUUUCCAGCAAGAUUUCAUCGCCAAGAGUUAUCCUCGGAGUUUCAUGCUGCAUCGGAAGAGACUGAAGGAGCAAGGAAUGAACGGUCUUCACUUUCAACCUAAAGCGUGGAUCAUGACAGUAUGUGAUGGCAACCUUGAUCCUGAUCACUUGCUGCGCUUCCUUCAUGACAAUGGAGAUAUUGUCUGCUCAGAUUAUCUGGAGUACAGCAUUUUCAACAGCGAUAUGAUUUUGCUGGAUCGUGACUAUCUGAUAACUUUGACCAAACGUCUGACAACGAUCCCCACCCGCUCUAAGCAGCAGGAUCCCCAUCUGAAUGAUGCCAUUAAGCAUUGGGACGACCUUACACAGAAGGCAACGGCUUCCUCGAUGUUCCUGAAGUACCUCUUCCGCAACCACCUGGAGAAUCCAACCAUACUCACCACGCUCCUCCAGAUGAAUCUCAUCCAUCGCCUGGAGCCAUCGCCUUCCAAUAAUUCCCAGUCGGAAACCUCCUACGUAGUACCGUUCUUCCUGCCCACUGACAAGAAGACGCCCGGCAAGCAGGCAUAUAACCACCACGACCCCAGGCUGUAUAACCUCUGCGUGGACUUCCAAGGCAGCAUCCCCGAUGGGUUCUUCUUGACUAGGUUGGUGGAGUUGAUCAAGACAGCUGUGAAGACCAACGGGUCGUGGAGCAUCGACAGUGCCACAUCAGCUCAUCUGAGCUUGGGCGUCGACUGCGAGUUGGACAUUGAUUGCGAUGAGGUUCAGAGUGUAAUCAAUAUCUCAGCUAGAUGUAGCGCAUCUUACCAGCAUCGGAAUCUCCCGCGUCUGCUGACUAAGAUCUUUGACCCGCUACAAGCCGUUCAAUCGGAUCUCCAUAUCACCAUUGGUCCCCCCUGCCCUCUCUACCAGGAGCGGUGCAAGACCAGGAUGUGGUUACCGUGGAAAGCUCAUGUCAUAAAUUUGGCUGGAGGGCGGGCAGGAACUCUGCUGUGGUGUGGAGACGAACGGGUCGAUGAGUAUCCGUCGGUUAAUCGUUGGCUUUAUAGAGCGGCAGAUAGGAUGCCAACGUCUAUGUGGAAUGCUGAUAAAGUGCUAGUAAGCAAACGGACCCACAUUUUCCAGCUGCCCCCCAGGAUAGUCCACUGGAUAUGUGACAAACUCAACCCUCCUCCGGUGAGGAGAAACUGGCAGGGUUUGGCAGGUGUGCUUGGCUAUACCUAUUCUGAUGUGCAGGGAUUUGCAAACCGACGGCAGAGUGACUAUGAUCCCUGUAACGCCCUCCUGCUGGAUUGGGGGCGCUUUGCCAACUCAACCCUGGAGUCGUUGAUCAACCAUCUAACAUGUCACACAAUGGGACGAAUGGACAUAUCAACCAUGUUAUAUGAGAAAUGGGAGAUAGUUGAAUGAGUUAUGACAGGUAUCAGCAUUUGGGUUGUUGCAGAGGGGUGGGGGGAUGGGGGUUUAGUCUAAUUUUUAUAUUAAACUCACCAUUUGACCAACUUGUCAAAUCGGUUGAUCCUGUUGUAAGUAAAAACAACAGAAAGUUAUUCAAGGAAUUUGUAGAUACUCAUUUUCCUUUGAGGGUUUAUGUCAGAAACAUUUCACUAGACUUGAUGCUCCGAACGUCAUUGGAGUGGGGCGCCCUUGGCUUGAGGUCAAUGGAGGUCACCCAUUUGCCCAUUUUUGGGGUCGAUGUGGUCCCAGUGGUUAAACUGCAAUCACAGGGUCAUACCAAGCGUACAGCUGUUUUCACAAUGACUAGAAUAAUGAUUUUCUUCCUCCAUGGUAUAACCAAUCAAUCUCAUCAACAAUGGUUCGAAUGUGGUCCAGUGGUUAGAUUGCAGGACUUCCAUCUACAAGGUCAUGGCUACGAAUCCCACCAAGCUAACCACUGAUUUCACAACGACUUGAAUAAGUAAAUUAAUAAUAAUAACCAAUUCUUAUACA